ACUGUGUCCAGGAAAAGGGAUUUGUGGCAUCAGGACACGGAUAGAAGAGCCACAGGGAACUGGAGACGAUGCUGCUCUCAAUGACGUGCACACGUUUUGCUGCGAUUAAGGUCAGAGCUGCAGCAAUGAAUCACUUCAUUUCCGUGAUGUUUUCACUGCUAGUCUUUACUGGGCUGCAGGUGAGUGUUGAGGCCGGAGAAAAACGUCCUGAGCGAAGCUCCAACAGACAUUACAUAUCGGAGCUGACGGUGACGAAUGGAGGGAGAUGGGGGUUGUGGGGUCACAGGGAAAUGUGUCCAAUUGGAACGUAUGCCGCAGGGUUCAGUCUAAAGGUGGAAGAUCCUGUUGGUCAUAAAGAUGAUACUGCACUCAAUGGGAUUCGCCUUCACUGUGUUGAUUUGUCUAAAAGCUUAACACACUCGUAUCACAACUAUGCUUCAGUUGGAUCAGCUGUAGGCAGCUGGGGUCGGUGGACAGAUAUCAAAUGGUGUCCCUCUGGAUUCUUGACUGCUUUUCAGCUGCGAGUCGAAACUAAUCAAGGAGUUGGUGAUGACACGGCCGCAAACAACAUCAGGUUCAAAUGUAGUCACGGGUCUUUGCUGCUGGGUGACGGCACACACUGGGGCGAUUGGGGUGACUGGAGUCACACGUGUGAAGGAAAAGGGAUCUGUGGUAUCAAGACGCGAGUAGAAGGGCCGCAGGGCAUUGGAGACGACACCGCUCUCAAUGACGUGCGCAUGUACUGCUGCAAAUAAGGUGUUAGUGGACGACAACAAGAACAGCAAGAUGGAUCAUAAUGACUGAUCACAAUCCACAAACUUCAUACUUUACAUUCAGUGUAAAGCUGUGAACCUGCUUUUUCUGAGGGUGUAAUUAUAUCCUAACAUCAAUUAAAAUAUUGUUUCAGCUUGAAAUGAAAUUAGUGUUUGUCUGUUGAUUAAUGUACUUCUUCGUUUCGUUUCUUUGCAUCUCAAUUAUUUAUUUUUUUUAUUUCUCAUGACUGACUAAUCAAAAAAUAAAGAAAUGCUUUGUGAAGAACAG